AUGGCAGAGAAAGAGGCUACAGUUUACAUUGUAGACAUGGGACGGUCUAUGGGUGAGCACCACCAUGGCCGUCCUAUGACAGAUCUCGAAUGGGCCAUGCAGUAUGUCUGGGAUAGGAUCACCGCCACGGUGGCUACCGGGCGAAAGACAGCUACGGUUGGCGUAGUUGGUCUCAGGACUGAUGUCCUCAUGCCUGAUAUCCGGAGACUGCGAGAAACGAUCAAACCCAGCAACACUAACAGAGGCGAUGCCAUCUCUUCUAUUGUCAUUGCCGUGCAGAUGAUCAUUGAGUACACCAAGAAAAACAAAUACAAGCGCAAGAUUGUUUUGGUGACCAAUGGUACCGGCGCGAUGAGCGAUGAUAAUAUCGAAGGUAUCAUCGAAAAGAUAAAAGAGAUUGACAUUGAAUUGGUGGUCAUGUAUGUUUCUUGCCGACGUGACUCCACAUUCAUGCUAAUACUAUGCAGUGGAGCCGAUUUUGAUGACGCUGAGUAUGGUGUAAAGGAAGAAGACAAAGACAGUCGAAAGGCUGAAAACGAGACUCUUCUCCGCACCCUGACUGAGGACUGCGAAGGUGUUUAUGGAACGCUUGAGCAAGCCGUUUCGGAAUUGGAUAUUCCCCGUAUUAAAGUGACCAGGAGCAUGCCGUCUUUCAAGGGGAAUCUCACGCUCGGCAAUCCCGAGGAGUAUGACACGGCAAUCACUAUACCCGUAGAGCGAUACUUCCGAACCUACGUCGCCAAACCGAUCUCAGCAAGCUCGUUCGUACCACGCUCCGGCACUGAACCCGGAAGUCAAGCACCGGUUAAAGGCAACGUGGAAGGCGACGCUCUUACGUCAGUGAGAACAUCACGGACAUACCAGGUCACAGACGAGUCCGCACCAGGGGGUAAGAUCGACGUUGAACGCGAGGACCUCGCCAAAGGGUACGAGUACGGACGUACCGCAGUUCCUAUCGAGCAGACUGACGAGAAUAUUGCAAACCUACAAACAUUCGCUGGUAUGGGGUUGAUCGGGUUCGUUCAGAAGGAUCAGUAUGACCGGUACAUGCACAUGUCCAACACGAAUAUCAUAAUUCCUCAGCGUGCAAAUGACAAUGCGUCUCUUGCGUUGUCUUCUCUCAUUCAUGCACUCUACGAAUUGGAGUCCUAUGCGGUUGCCCGUUUGGUGACCAAAGAAUCCAAACCACCGAUGCUCGUGUUACUAGCUCCGUCCGUUGAGGCAGACUAUGAGUGCUUGCUUGAAGUACAGCUUCCAUUUGCAGAAGACGUGCGGUCAUAUCGGUUCCCACCUUUGGAUAGGAUCGUCACUGUUUCGGGCAAGGUGGUAACAGAACACCGAAACCUCCCAAGCGCCGAUUUGAAAGAUGCGAUGAGUAAUUACGUGGACAGCAUGGAAUUUAUCACCACGAAUGAUGAAGGGGAACGCACUGACGAUCUCCCAAUCGACGAGUCAUUCUCACCAUUACUGCACCGCAUCGAAUCAGCCGUUCGAUACCGUGCUGUGCAUCCCCACGAUCCUGUUCUCGACCCCUCAGAGCGGCUCACUCAAUUCGCACACCCCUCAGAAGACAUGGUCAAGAACUCCAAGUCCCGUCUUGGAAAAUUGAUUUCCACGGCAGAUGUCAAGAAAGGUAACCCAUUCCCAAACUACAUCCAGAAGAAAUUCCUGCUGACCAACGCCUUCCGUUUUAUAGUUCCACCAAAGACGAAAGGCCGUAAACGCCAGCGUGAAACAGAGAAACCCCUCUCAGGGUUGGACGUGGAUGCCCUCCUCAGCCUCGAACCCAAGCGAACGAAGAUUUCCACCGAGAAUGCAAUCCCAGAGUUCAAGCAGACACUUGCCCGCGCAGAAAACAUCGACGCAAUCCACGACGCUGUGCAGCAAAUGGCUAAAAUCAUUGAGACCCAGAUCACGCACAGCCUCGGUCAUUCGAAUUACGACCGUGUUAUCGAGGGCCUCGGUACUAUGCGUGAAGAGCUUGUUGACUAUGAGGAACCGGCGUUGUACAAUGACUUUGUACGUCAGUUGAAGGGUAAGAUGUUACGGGAGGAACUGGGUGGGGAUCGGAGGGAGCUGUGGUGGUUUGUGAGGAAGGGGAAGCUUGGACUCAUUGGGAAGAGUGAGGUGGAUAGCUCGGCUGUUGAGGAAGAAGAAGCUCAAGAGUUUCUGGCUGCCAAUUGA